AAUUUAGAAAUUCCAUUAAGUACUUCGAGAAAAUCUUGGGGGUCAAUCGAAAUGUCUUACCCAGUAAUCGAGGAUCAAUCAAUCAUAAUUCAAAGCCAACUUUCGACUUCGAGGGAGAAGGGAGAUUAUUUCCACAUUCAAAUUACCACUGGACAACGAACUUUGUAAAACGAUGAUGAAUCAUCGCAUUCCAAGAUAAAAAUACGAAUUAUUGUAAGAGAUAGAUAGAUACCUACUUCCUAAUCAGAAUUCCUUUCAGUUAAAAAAUUGAUUAUCGUAAGAGAUUAUUGACUAAUACUUUCAACGAAGGUUCCAUACAAAAUGAAUUUUCAACAGAUCAACGCAGUCGAAAGUAUUUGAGUAACUACCUCAAGUGUUUCCUAGUUUUUUUUGUUGGAACAGGCAUUUCGAUGUAAGCAUUUCUUAUCAAAAUACAAUAAUUGUAAGUUUUGAUGAUGUAACCAGUUUUAAAACGAAUGAGGAAUGAAUCUCCAUUCUAUAUGAUUGUAGAUUUUUGAAUUCUAUGAUGACUGUCGAGAACACGAAUUAUUCUUCAUGAGUUUUGGAAACACCGAAUCGAAAACGUGGAAAUAUGAUAAUAAACGAGAUGGAUUUGGGAUCUUUCGAUCUCGAAGAAGAAUACGAUUAUGACCUAGAUGAUGGUGGCAUGUACGAUAGUCAUUAUUCCUAUGACGAUCAGAAUUCGUACAUCACAUUCGCCGAAAUAAUUGAAUCCUGCGCGAUACCAACUGUUCGAGAUAUAUGCAGAUCGUUUUUUCCUACAUUAGCACUGUGUUUUGCAUUCCAGUUAUUUAAUUAUUUUACACCUGGAAUAAAUGUGAAAAUAAAACACAUUUUAUCCGGUAUUUUGGGUAUAGGAAUUUUAUACAUGUAUGUUGAACAUCGCAUCAUCCACAGUAUCGCCGUAGCGGUGAUAUUUUACUUGACUGUGGUGGGAUGUAUAAAAAAUGGAAUACGAACCUCGCUUACUUCGUUAUUACUGCUCAGUUACCUUACUAUAUGUGAAUUUACAUUUCAAAGAUUGGAAUGGCCGAGAAUACGAAACGUUCAAAUGCUAAUCGUGAUGAAAGCUGUGUCACUGACGAUGGACUACGAAGGCAAAUUUAUUCGAGAGUUUCCGUCAUUUUUUGAAUACUUCGGGUAUAUAUUUUGUUUUGGAAACUGUAUUUUUGGACCUUGGGUGGAUUUCAAGUCGUACUUGGAAAUAUUUGUGCCCAAACGACCGACUCGGCAAUAUGUCACUGAAGUAGUUAAAUCUGUGGUUCUUGGAUUUGCAUUCUUCGUAUUAUCGAUGUGUCUAAUUGAUUGGCUUCUGCAACGUUAUUCGCAGAGUACUUGGGGUAUUAUGUACGGAAAAGCUGCUGAAUUUCGAUCAGGUCAUUAUUUCGUCAUGUAUUUAUCAAGUAGUUUAGCUCUUGCAGCUGGUUUUGAGUCUUUGAAGGGGAAAUCAGAUUCCAUCACUAAACCAAAUAUGAUAGAGUUUCCUCAUUCUCUCGUCGAAGUUGUGGUCAACUGGAAUAUACCGAUGCAUAAUUGGCUGAAACGAUACACUUUUAAACCUCUGCAAAGCUAUGGAAAUUUUCUCGCUGUGAUUGGUACUUAUUUUGUGAGCUCUCUUCUCCAUGGUUUGAACUACAGACUAUCCGGAGUGCUAUUAUCAUUGGGAGUGUAUACUUACGUCGAGCACACGUUUAGACGAAAAUUAUCCUACAGAAUGAACGCUUGCAUCUCUUCUAAAUCUUGUAGACUGAGCUGUGAUAAGCAUAGAUUCACUGGAAGAAAACUUGGAGUUUGUUUCAUCAAUCUUUUUUUCACUAUACUCGCACUUUAUCAUUUAAGUUACCUGGGAUGUUUGAUAGAUUUACGAGCCGACGACAAUGUUACUUUUUACCAAGCUUUUGAUCGUUGGCGCGGUUUGCGAUAUGAAAGUCAUUAUGUGAUUUUAAUUACUUACAUUGUUUCACUAUUUUUAUAACUGUACGACUGUGAUGUACUAUUUUAACAAAACUGUAGCAAUAUUUUUUAAGAAUGAACAAUUUGAAUCACCGUGAUACUCAAUUUUAAUGACGUUAUACCUAACUCAUUGUUGUGAAUUAAUUAUUGCGCUUACAUAUUCGUUUUUAAUUUUUUAUCUAUUCGUCAAAUAAAUAUUGUUGAUC